CUGGAGAGAACAGGGAGAGGGGGGAGCGCAGUGCUAGUCUGAGAGUGAGCGAAGCAAGAAGGAGGGAGAGAGAGGAGGAGAAAGAGAGCGAGGGCGGGCGAGAGGCAGCGGCGGCGGCAGCAGCAGUAAUAGCAGGCGCAGCAACAGAAGGCGUCGGAGCGGGCGUCGGAGCUGCCCGCUGGGAGAGAGAGAGCGAGCGAGCGAGGAGAGGAGCCCGAGGCGAAAAAGUAACUGUCAAAUGCGCGGCUCCUUUAACCAGAGCGCUCAGUCCGGCUCCGAGAGUCAUGGCGACCGCAGCGUCUAACCACUAUAGCCUGCUCACCUCCAGCGCCUCCAUCGUGCAUGCCGAGCCGCCCGGCGGCAUGCAGCAGGGCGCCGGGGGCUACCGCGAGGCGCAGAGCCUGGUGCAGGGCGACUACGGCGCGCUGCAGAGCAACGGGCACCCGCUCAGCCACGCUCACCAGUGGAUCACCGCGCUGUCCCACGGCGGCGGCGGCGGGGGCGGCGGCGGUGGCGGCGGGGGCGGGGGAGGCGGCGGGGGCGGUGGCGACGGCUCCCCCUGGUCCACCAGCCCCUUGGGCCAGCCGGACAUCAAGCCUUCCGUGGUGGUACAGCAGGGCGGCCGCGGCGACGAGCUGCACGGGCCAGGCGCCCUGCAGCAGCAGCACCAGCAGCAGCAACAGCAGCAGCAACAGCAGCAGCAGCAACAACAACAGCAGCAGCAGCAACAGCAGCGGCCACCGCAUCUCGUGCACCACGCCGCGAACCACCACCCGGGGCCCGGGGCAUGGCGGAGCGCGGCAGCUGCAGCGCACCUCCCGCCCUCCAUGGGAGCGUCCAACGGCGGCUUGCUCUAUUCACAGCCCAGCUUCACGGUGAACGGUAUGCUGGGUGCCGGCGGGCAGCCAGCGGGGCUGCACCACCACGGCCUGCGGGACGCGCACGAGGAGCCGCACCACGCAGACCACCACCCGCACCCGCACUCCCACCCACACCAGCAGCCCCCACCACCCCCGCAGGGCCCGCCGGGCCACCCCGGCGCGCACCAUGACCCGCACUCAGACGAGGACACGCCGACCUCGGAUGACCUGGAGCAGUUCGCCAAGCAGUUCAAGCAGCGGCGGAUCAAACUAGGAUUUACCCAAGCGGACGUGGGACUGGCUCUGGGCACCCUGUACGGCAACGUAUUCUCGCAGACCACCAUCUGCAGGUUUGAGGCCCUGCAGCUGAGCUUCAAGAACAUGUGCAAGCUGAAGCCUUUGUUGAACAAGUGGUUGGAGGAGGCGGACUCGUCCUCUGGCAGCCCCACCAGCAUAGACAAGAUCGCAGCGCAAGGGCGCAAGAGGAAAAAGCGGACCUCCAUCGAGGUGAGCGUCAAGGGGGCUCUGGAGAGCCAUUUCCUCAAAUGCCCCAAGCCCUCGGCCCAGGAGAUCACCUCCCUCGCGGACAGCUUACAGCUGGAGAAGGAGGUGGUGAGAGUUUGGUUUUGUAACAGGAGACAGAAAGAGAAAAGGAUGACCCCUCCCGGAGGGACUCUGCCGGGCGCCGAGGAUGUGUACGGGGGGAGUAGGGACACGCCACCACACCACGGGGUGCAGACGCCCGUCCAGUGAACUCGAGCGGGGGAGGGGCAGAGCGUGGGGCUCCCCCUCCCCUUCCGUCUACCGCCCUUUCCCGGCCCCCUUGUUCCCUUUCUAACUUCUGAUUGUUCUUUUAUUUUUAAUUAUUAUUUCCCCAUUCCUUAAAAAGAAAAAAUAAGAAACAACCAAGGCACUGGACUAUCCUUUAAACGGUAGCAGGUGUAAUGAUGUGUUUUGACCUUUACAGGCUAGUACCCAGGCAAUGGAGUGGAGUGUCUCAUAGAGUGGGGAGAGAGAGAGAGAGAGAGAGAGAGAGAGAGAGAGAGAGAGAGAGAGAUGAGGUAAAUACCUGGCAAAACUAAAUAUAUUACCAAAAAAUAAAAAAAUCCACCAAGCCGUGAUAAACACAAAACACAGCUUCCUAAUGCUAGGAGUUGGCACAUGCUGCUGUGUUUAUUUAAUGUGGAUCCCCAUCAGGAAAGAGGAAAAAAUACACAUGUUCUUUGAUGUAGGCAAAAUCUAACCACAUAAAUUUGCACUGCAAGAAAAUUGAAGUUUACAUGAACAAAUUCAUGAACACAUUUUUCUUUCUCCCACUGUUAAUUUUGAAAUUCCCGGGGUUUGUGUUUUGUUUUAUUCAGAGGAGAGAGUUGGCCACUCUCCAUUUCUAACGUUCAUGUGUAGCCACUUGUUCUUACUGUUUGUGAACUUUGGUUACCUUCAGGUCCCCUCUCCUCCCUCACAUUGGUAUAACUUUUAUUUGCUCCUUUUACCAAAGCAAAAACGAUUGGCUUCAUACAAAAUAAAUAAUUCUGUUUUCAGGAAAUGUGCAUGCUCUACCCUCUUUAACAAGCCAAGAAUCCAGUUUGGAAAACAAAAAUGAGAGUCAAGCAUUAGUUUUUGUUACCAGCCACAAAGUAAACUUCAUUUUCAGGCAGUGUUUCUGGGGGAGGUUGCAGAGGGGAGAAAAAGAAAAAUCUAUAUUGAAUGACUGAUCGCUUCAUUUUUCCAAGCGGGCCCAUUGUGAAAGAGCUCAGAGGAUAUGUGGAGGUUAAAUAUAUUUUCAGAGUUGUCCAACAGAAAGAAAGUGGCACUUUGAAGAGAACUAGGGAAAUAUAUGUAUCUUCAGACACCCCCUGUAUAGUUCUCUGCCUUCCGUUUUAAUAACUUCAUUUAGGAGGAAUUAUUUGUGCUGAUAGCAGCAGUUAAACUUUGUUCCUCUAAUAGCUGUUAAAAAAAAAAAAAAAAAAAACAUAAAGAAAAUAAUCUGGGAACUUAAUGGUGUAUGCUUAGACUGUGUUUCUUAGCACACAAAUACCCACAUGCAUACAGAGAAUAUUUCCACUCUAGACUGGUUUUGUUUUCACUAGCUCAUUUGUAUAUCAAAUUAUAUUUAAGGUCCCACACCUUCUCCUGUAAUUUAUUACAGAAAAUACCAGUUUAACUUGGACAGUUCUCCCCCCACCUUUUACUAAAGAAGCCAAAUAAAGUGGGAAAAAAUGCUAUUUUCAAGCCUUCAUUUUCUCCCUUUGUUAAUAAUUUUAAGUGCAUUUUUUACCUUAUCUUGAUGGAAAACGGUUAACUCCCCAAACAAAAGAAUCUACUGGGAAGUGUAGGUGAAAAAAACCUGUAACUAUUGAAAAUAAAUGCCAUUAAACUGUGAUCAGUUAAAAUAUUUAAAAAGAAUCAGCACAAAAGGGCGCUAAAAGGGAAAACACUUUUUAUUAAUCUUAAAAUACCGGGGCUUUUUUUGUGUUACGUAUUAGGUAAAUUUUUAUUUUAAAAUAUUAAAUCUCAAUACCAUAAAAUUAUGGUUCAGCAUCAGAUUAGCAUUGCACUCCGUAGUUAAGGUUUUAGGAAAUAUGCUUUAUAUUGUCUUUUCAAACACCAGUGAUUGUUUCAUUUUCAAUGUUUUUGCAAGAUAAAUGAUGACUUAUAAUGGGCAUAUUUAUUUGCCUGUAUUUCAUUUCCCCCAAUGAAUGUCACAAGGAGAUGGGCACGGAGCUGCUUGGGGUGCAUCACACUGCUUGUUCCUAAGGUGUGGGGACUGGCCUUUAGUGAAGCAAUCCAGAGCAGGGCAAAUAGCCAAGGGUAAAGGGAGGAAAUGAAUUUUCAGAUUCUUAUUACCAAGUGGGUAAGGUUGGAAGCUGGAGUUCAGGGGAUGUGUCUAUAGCUCCUGGAACUCUCAGAGGUUUACUAAGAUGAAAGUUACCACUGAACCUUACCACUAUGUAUAUAUGUUUAAUAUCUGUCUUUUGAAAUGCAGAAAUAGUUUAAAUGUUUCUUUGUCUAUUUUUCUUUUUUUUAAUGCUACCCAGGGAAAUAUUUUCAUAUCAUUUUUAAGUGGCCUGCCUCAAUGUAUAUUUAUUUCUUUUAAAGCAAAAAGGUUCUGGAAACUGUUUUUCUGUAGCUUUAAAUGAGUAGGUGAGCAAAAUCUAUAUGGGAUGUAUUUUUUUUUUUUUUUUUUUGUUCAGUCUCUUUAAAAAUACUUUGUUUUGGUACAUUUGGUUGUGCUUGUGGGGAAAAUAAAAACGCAGAGAUCCUUAUAUAUUUAUGUUAAAGUAAUAUUUUAUUAUCUACAUAAAACAGAAAUGCACAAUA